AUGGAAAGUCUUCCUACCAACAUCAGCUCCAGUCCCGGCACUAAGCCCCUCUUGCCCCUCCUGCCCCUCCCAACUCCGGACCCAACUAACUGCAGCACCUGGGACCAGCGGUGGGGUGUGUCAUACCACCCAGAUGUGCAGCUGUAUCAAGACUUCUAUUCUGUAUGGGUCUCUCUAAUGGUGUGUAACUACCUGAUGCUGGUGGUAGGUGUGGUCCUCAACAGUCUGGCUCUUUUUGUCUUCUGCCGGGCCUCCGCCCAAUUCUCAGCCUCUGUAAUUUACACCAUAAACCUGGCUGUAGCCGACCUGCUGGUGGCGCUGUCGCUGUCUGCUCGCAUCGCCCUGUACCACAGUGGAGGGAGCUGUGUGGCCUGCUCCUAUGUCCAUACCUUCAGCUACUUUGUCAACAUGUACUGCAGUAUCCUGUUUCUAACCAGUAUCUGUAUAGAUCGGUACCUCGCAGUCGUCCAUGCGUCCAGUACUCUCCAUCGAUGGAGGACCACUGGAGCAGCCAAGUGUGUCAGUGCCAUAGUGUGGCUGACUGCAGUUGUAGUCACCUAUUCUUUCCAGACCACAGUACUGGAGUCCAGCUCCUCCUGUAUGCUCCUCCCUGCCCUCUUCUACCUCACUAUCCUGGAGUUCCUCCUCCCCCUAUUUGCUGUGGUGGGCUUCACACUGCGUGUCACCUGUUUUCUAUCCUCCAGCCAUGGCCCAAUGACCCAGCAGAGCAGAGCGAGGAGGGCUCGUGCCAUCAGGCUGCUAGCCACCGUCCUGGUGGUCUUUACUGUUUGUUUCACACCUUUCCACAUCCGCCAGGUGCUGCUUUACUUCCGGGUCAAAGUUGGAAGACAGGGGCUUGGGCAGGUGGUGGGGCAUGUGCUUGCCUAUCACAUCACAGUGACCCUGAGCAGCCUAAACAGCUGUUUGGAUCCAGUGGUUUACUGCUUUGUGACAGACAGCUUCAAGAGGAUGUGGAGGAUGAAAAGGAGAGGAGGGAGGGAAGCGAAUGGAGAGCCCGGGCGUACAAGCGGGCCAGAAGGGGAGAGAAAUUCAGUGAACAAAUGCUCGGGCACAGCACUGGCAUUAGCGCACAGCGCAGCCAUGCUCACCCUCACCAGCACACCCCUCUCUGCAGCCAGCACACAGGAGUCCAUUUAG